AUGGGAACAACUCAGUCCACUCGCACUAACGCUAAGGAGAUCACUUUUUCUUCCCCCAAUGGGAAGAAUCAGCCAAGCAGUGUGAGUGGACGGAAAACCCAACCCGAGAUCUCCUACAAAAAGCACGUCGUCUUUUCUUUUAAUGACGAGGUUAUCCAGGAAAACGAGGAAGAAAGCGUCACUGACUACGAUGAUACCGACGAUUCCUUGUUUGACGAAAACGAAGUCUUUGACUUUGAGGGAGACACUGAUGACGAUGAUGAGGAAGAAGAUGAAGAGUGGAACGAACGCCUUGCCAUUUUGCAAGAUGCUCGCAACCUCAAACAAAUGGCUGACUUUUACCUCAAUCCUCAUAAGCCAGUCGUCUCCUCUCCCGAGUUUAUGGGACGCAACUUUUUUGAACGUCCUUCUGCCCCUGACAUGGAAGACGAGGAAGAACGUGCUUUGAUCCUAAACGAGGCCCGUGCUUUGAAACAACUUGCCGUGGACUAUUUGCAUCCCGAGAAAUUUGUUGUAACUACUGAUGCAACUGUCUGCGGACGCAACUACUUUGAUCGUGCUUCGGCACCCGAGACUUUGUCUCAUGAAGAGGCCGAAGAGCAAGCCCAAAUCUUGGAAGAUGCUCGUGCUUUGAAACAACUUGCCGUGGAUUAUAUGCACCCAGAACUGACAGUCAAGACUACUGACGCCUUUGCCCGUGGAAGAAACUACUUUACUCGUCCGUCUGCCCCAGAGCAAGAGCAAGAAGAAGACAUGGAGGAGCGUGACCUGAUCUUGCAAGAGAUGGCGUUGCUCAAGCGGCUUGCUAUUGAUUACUUGCACCCAGAACUCCCAGUUGUAACAAGCGAUCCUACUGCUUGUGGACGCAACUACUUCACUCGUGCCUCUGCUGAGGAAUAUGAAGAAGAAGAGAUGAUGGACGAUCGUGAAGACAUUCUGAACGAUAUGGCUCAGCUCAAGCGUCUUGCCAUGGACUAUCUACAGCCAGAGCGCCCCGUUCAAAUGGACUCGCUUGGUGCGUGCCGCAACUACUUCGAUCGUCCUUCUGCCCCCGAGACUGUUUCUCGUGAAGAGGCGGACGAGCAAGCUCGUAUCUUGGCCGAUGCUCGUGCUUUGAAGCAACUUGCUGUGGACUACAUGCAUCCCGAGCUUCCAGUUGUCACGAGCGAUCCUUGUGCUUGUGGACGCAACUACUUUUCUCGUCCUUCUGCUGAAGGCAAUGAUGACAGUCAAGAUGAAGAGUGGGAACAGGAACGUGCCUCGAUUCUACAAGACAUGCAGCGUAUGAAGCAAUUGGCUGUGGAUUACUUGCACCCCGAGCUUGCAGUCCAAACUACCGAUCCUACUGCUUGCGGUCGCAACUACUUCUGUCGGUAUUCUGCCGAAGAGUAUGAUGAAAAGGAUGAAGAGCGCGAUAUGAUCUUGCAAGAGAUGAAGCAACUCAAGAAACUUGCUGUUGACUAUUUGCAUCCCGAGCUUCCAGUCAAGUCUGAUGGAUUUGCUACUGCCCGAAACUACUUUACUCGUUUCUCUGCGGAAGAACAAGAGGAGGAAGAAAUGAUGGAUGAACGCGAGGACGUUUUGGAAGAUGUUGCCGCCUUGAAGAAGUUGGCCAUGGAUUACCUACAACCCGAGCGCCCUGUCGUUGUGGACGCUCUUGCCUCGUCUCGCAAUUACUUUGAUCGUGCUUCGGCCGAGCCAACUUUGGACUACGAAGAAGCGGAAGAACAAGCUCGUAUUUUGGCCGAUGCUGCUGCCUUGAAGCAACUUGCUGUGGAUUAUAUGCACCCAGAAUUGCCAGUCAAGACUACUGACGCCUUUGCCCGUGGAAGAAACUACUUUACUCGUCCCUCUGCCCCAGAGCAAGAGCAAGAAGAAGACAUGGAGGAGCGUGACCUGAUCUUGCAAGAGAUGGCGUUGCUCAAGCAGCUUGCUGUUGAUUACUUGCACCCAGAACUCCCAGUUGUAACAAGCGAUCCUACUGCUUGUGGACGCAACUACUUCACUCGUGCCUCUGCUGAGGAAUAUGAAGAAGAAGAGAUGAUGGACGAUCGUGAAGACAUUCUGAACGAUAUGGCUCAGCUCAAGCGUCUUGCCAUGGACUAUCUACAGCCAGAGCGCCCCGUUCAAAUGGACUCGCUUGGUGCGUGCCGCAACUACUUCGAUCGUCCUUCUGCCCCCGAGACUGUUUCUCGUGAAGAGGCGGACGAGCAAGCUCGUAUCUUGGCCGAUGCUCGUGCUUUGAAGCAACUUGCUGUGGACUACAUGCAUCCCGAGCUUCCAGUUGUCACGAGCGAUCCUUGUGCUUGUGGACGCAACUACUUUUCUCGUCCUUCUGCUGAAGGCAAUGAUGACAGUCAAGAUGAAGAGUGGGAACAGGAACGUGCCUCGAUUCUACAAGACAUGCAGCGUAUGAAGCAAUUGGCUGUGGAUUACUUGCACCCCGAGCUUGCAGUCCAAACUACCGAUCCUACUGCUUGCGGUCGCAACUACUUCUGUCGGUAUUCUGCCGAAGAGUAUGAUGAAAAGGAUGAAGAGCGCGAUAUGAUCUUGCAAGAGAUGAAGCAACUCAAGAAACUUGCUGUUGACUAUUUGCAUCCCGAGCUUCCAGUCAAGUCAGAUGGAUUUGCUGCUGCCCGAAACUACUUUACUCGUCCUUCUGCUCCAGAGCAAGUGACUUUGGAAGAUGCAGAGGAGGAAGUCAGAAUCCGCCAAGACUUGCAACAGAUGAAGAAGCUUGCUGAAGAUUACCUUCAUCCUGAAACUCCUGUGAAGUCUAAUGUUGCUAGUGUCCGAUGCUACUUUGAUAGAGCAUCUGCGUAUGACAACAUUGAUCACGUUCACACCCGCCGCCAAGAGUCGGAUGACCCAGCUGCUGGUGAUUCUAACCACGAUACCUUUGCCUACCACGAACAAGUUCUUGGACUGGUCUCUGGGGAUCAUGACUAUUACGAUCACAGUGAGCACUUUGACAUGGACAUGGACGAAGACCUACAAACUUUCAAGGACAACUUGCGCCUUAUGUCUCCUAAUCCACAGCAGCCAAAGGAAAAGGCUGGCAUGGCAAAGGGAGGCGAAGACGAAGAGGAUGAAGGCAAUCUAUCUCGCUCUCCUUCUUCGAUAAUGCUAUUUGAAUUGGCUGGGUGUUAA